ACAAUCGAAUUCUUUUACGAUCAUAAAGUAGAAGAUUGGAGUCAUGAAUUGUAUGAAGAACUUUUAAAAAACCUUGUUGAUGCCUCCAAAAAUUCUAAAGUGACAAAUGAAAAUUCAGAAUCUUCCUCAUCGGAUAUUUUGGAUUCUACAACCGAUAAUGAUAAUAAAGAUAUUUAUCCUUUAUUUGGAGCACUUGAUAUGAAAGUUUAUAUGUUAAACAUUGUAGCAAAAGAAUUGUAUAUUUUUCAAGAAAUUGCUAAUUUUGUUUUGCCUUCACGUCUCCAAGAAUAUAAUCCUGAUAUUCUUAUUGAUAAAAAUUUUAAUAACUACGAUAUGAUGAUUAACGGACAAUUUAAUUUAUCAAAUUCUCCUCCGCCAGAUGAAACAAAGUUAACAUUUGACUUUGAAAAGUCACCACAAAGGCAAAGGCCCCCUAGACCCUUUGUAAAUACACGUAAAACUUGA